AUGUCAGAAUUUUAUAAACUAGCUCCUAUUGACAAGAAAGGUCAACCUUUCCCCUUCGACCAAUUAAAGGGAAAGGUUGUUCUUAUCGUUAACGUUGCCUCCAAAUGUGGGUUUACUCCACAGUACAAAGAACUAGAAGCCUUGUACAAACGUUAUAAGGAUGAAGGUUUUACCAUCAUCGGGUUCCCAUGCAACCAAUUUGGCCACCAAGAACCUGGUUCUGAUGAAGAAAUUGCUCAGUUCUGCCAAUUGAAUUAUGGUGUGACUUUCCCCGUUAUGAAAAAAAUUGACGUUAAUGGUAGCAGUGAGGACCCAGUUUACAAAUUUUUGAAGAGCCAAAAAUCCGGUAUGUUGGGCUUAAGAGGUAUCAAAUGGAAUUUUGAAAAAUUCUUGGUCGAUAAAAAGGGUAAAGUCUACGAAAGAUACUCUUCGCUAACCAAGCCUUCUUCGCUGUCUGACACCAUCGAAGAACUCUUGAAAGAGGUGGAAUAG